AGUCCAUUGUGUUAAUACCAUAUGUCAAAAAAAUAGAUAAAUAACUGUGGUGAAAGGUGAAAUAUAAUGGUAAAAUCACAAAUAGUCAAAAAUGGCCAAUUAUACUUUGGAAUAUCGGAUUUUACAACAAACCUAAAUAUCCCUGAUGUCCCACCUUCAAACAGCCUCAUUUGGCCUCCAUGAAAAAGCUACUUAACCUCCCACUUUUCUAUAGGAAUACAUGUUUCCUACGGGCACUGCACUAGUUACAACACCAACAAUAGUAAAAAAUAAACAACAUAAUUAAAAAUAUAAGCAACAGAGUAAACUUGUCAAACAGAAACAUUUCAUGGUUCAUCUUCUGUCAGUCUGAGUGAUGUGAUGUGAAUCCUGUUAUUACUGCAUGUCUCUGUAAUCUAAUUAUAUUCUUUCUCAUACAUUCAUACAUUCAUUCUCUUCUUUUUGUAUCUUGAUUACUUAAUUAGGAUACAAACCAAUCACAGGAUUACAUGUAUUCCAUUACACUCUGAGCCUGGUUGAGCAUUUUGAUACCUUUAAGUUCAUUUUCCAGAUUGUACGUUAACGUUUACUCGAGUAACAUGCUCAGUCUUUCUACUUGUAAGAGAGUAAAUUUACUGACUCCUCAUGAACAGAUGAAACACAGCAGCUUCUUCUCACGGCUGAAUCUCCGACAGGAAGCACUUUUCAGAGAUAUUUAGACUUUGGGUCCCAACAGAACCAGAACUACAGUGACCUCAGUCAGUCGGGUCAGUGAAGUGUAUCAGCUCUGUGACGUCAGCUGUUCACCUGCAGGUACGUCUGUAUCUGACUGUCUCUGUUCAGGAUCCCUGUGUGUGUGUGUGUGUGUGUGUGUGUGUGUGUGUGUCACAGUGAGUCAUACAUUCUCUCAGAGGGCGGACAGACUUGUUACGCUCGUAUCUUUAUUCUCAUUGUCUCAGUGUAACUCGACUCACCUGUCCUGCAGCAUCGGCUGCCGUCACCAUGGCAACACUGACACCUGCAGUCAGGACUCGGGGCUCCAGCUGCCCCGCGUAUUCACAUGACAACACAGGUGAAAGUUCUAAGAUCACCUGGUAACCCUAACCCAAGUCAGGUGCUUGAGUGGGAAUGAAGUUUUGUUCUUGGUUCUGACUGAUAGCUGAGAGCAGAGCAGGUGGGACAGGUCGGUCCGGUCUGCUGACACACCUGGACACUCCUGACUCCUCCUCGGCCAAUAGGGAGAGACCUGAGAGGCGUCGACUGAAAGAGACGAGGUCAGCUUCAGUCUCACCUCCAACUGCCUGAGAACACACUGCUGACAGACAGACAGACAGAAAUGGAUAAACUAGCCGGCAUGGUGGGGGAGAAAAUAGGAGACAUGGUGGAGGACGCCGUGAAGAAUGCUCUGGGUGUCGGAGACAAAGACGGAGACAAGGACAAGGACAAGAAAGGAGGAAUCUUCUCUUCGUUUGGAGGCGACAAGAAGAAGGAGGACAAGGACAAGAAAGAAGGAGGACUGUUCUCGUUCGGAAACGACAAGAAGAAAGAGGAGAAGAAAGGAGGCUUCUUCAGUAAGAUCUUCAACAAAGACGACGAUGAGAAGGGUGGAGAGAAGAAGUCAGGAUUCCACGGUCUGUUCAGUGAACAGGAGGGAGGAGCAGGAGGAGCAGGUGAGGGAGGAUAUCCAGGAGCAGGUGAGGGAGGAUAUCCAGGAGCAGGUGAGGGAGGAUAUCCAGGAGCAGGUGGAGGAGGAUAUCCAGGAGCAGGUGAGGGAGGAUAUCCAGGAGCAGGUGGAGGAGGAUAUCCAGGAGCAGGUGGAGGAGUCAGUGAUGGAGGUACGUAUGAAGGUGGGAGGAGGAGAAAGUUCAGAUGUUUGUGUUAAGAUGUAGAAGUGACACAGAUACGCAGAGUACUUAGACAUGAAACAUGUACUGAAGGAUAGUAAAUGAGUAUUUGUACUUGAUUACUUCCCGCCUCUGAUAGUAACUGUCGUCUUCUGUUUCAGAUCUGUUCAGUGAUCUGAUGGACGUGGCUGAAGAAACGUCUCGGGGGAACUGACCCGACAGAACGUCCUGCUGGUUCCGUCAGCUGCUCCUCAGCUGGAAACUGAUUCUGUAAAGACUGAAACACGUAACGGGCUGAGCAGCUCCUCACGGUUCUGUAGGAUCAGACACACUGACAGCUCCUGGGCCUUUGAUUCAUUCUGUAUGCAACACUAAAUAUCCUUCCACUCUGUUUCCUCCUGAGAGACGAAACUUCCUCGUCACCUCGUCUCGGUGCACUGGACCUGCAUGUUGUUAGCUUAGCUUAGCAUAAAGACUGGAAGCAGGGGGAAACAGUUAGCAUGGCUCUGCUGAUUGAUGAACAUGUUUACUGUCAUUUGUUCACAUUAACACCAAGAUUCCAGUUCCAGACUUUAUAUUUACUUUUAUUAUUUAGUUCUUCAUAUUUUUCCCUACAUGUUGAAUUGUUCCUGAACAUAUAUCAGAAUUAUUAAAUUCUAUUAUAUCAUUAGAUAUUAUUAACAUUAUCAGAGCUGAGCUAAUUAGCAUACCGUUAGCGUAACACUGGCUCUUUAUAUGUUGUAUUUAUGGAUAAAAAAACACUAAAUGAACAUCAUCGGGGGUUAUGCACGGGGGUUGCAAAGAAAAUUUCAUUGAUUGACAUGUGAAUGUCCAAUGAUAAUAAAAACUCUUGAAUCAUCAUUAUGUUUCUAGAUCUGAUUUAUAUUCUGUUUCCUCCACAACACAUUUAUUUAAAACAGUUUGUUGUAUUUUCAGAAUAAAUGUUCAGCUUUACUUUGUUAACACUGAUCAGACAGUCCUGCUGAUCUGAUCUGAGAGCAGUUCUGUCUGAGUACAUGAUGGAGACAAUAAACACUUCAUGUUCUCAUCAAUUGUCUGUCAAAGACUUUUAUUUCAAUGAAUAAGAUAAAAUCAAUAAACAGAAUAUAAACGUGUCUGCAGACAAUCACCUGAUGUACUGAUAUGAUGUUUAUAUUAAUGUUGUCUUUAUGUUCUGGAUCUAACGUUCAGCAUGUCGGAGUCAAACAAAGUGUCAACGCAUCCAGACUUCUUUCUAAGCCCCGCCCCUUCUCGCUCUGUGCUCCAAUAGCCGUUGAUCAAGCUUGACGAGUCUCCAGUAAUUUAGUCUCAGGCUGCAGGUCAUCAAUCCGCCGACAGAAGGGCACAAAACCAAACUCUUUAAUGACAGUUUGACUCGACUGUGACGCUUCAUGAGAUUAAUGAUCCAUCAACAAAUGACCAAGAUUA